AUGCAUCAAUACUCCUCGAUUCCACUCCCUCCAGCACAGCGGAGAAAGACUCCUUUGCCAAUAACCCAAGUUUACGAGGUUUGUAAAGGAGUAGUUUCCUGCGCUGACAUAGUUGCAUUUGCAGCAAGGGACAGCAUAGAGAUAACCGGAGGACUAGGCUAUGAUGUCCCUGCUGGAAGAAGAGAUGGCAGAACUUCACUUGCCUCCGAGAUAAUAGGAAAUCUACCUCCCCCAACAUUUAAUGUCAACCAACUGACUCAGAUGUUUGCAAAUAAGGGCUUCACACAAGAGGAAAUGGUUACACUCUCGGGAGGACACACCAUUGGGCGAUCUCACUGCAGUUCAUUCAGUGACAGAUUAUACAAUUUCAGUGGGACAUCGAUGCAGGAUCCAAGUUUAGAUCCUAGGUAUGCUGCUAUGUUGAAGCAGCAAUGCCCACAGGGUAGCACGAAUCCUAACCGGGUGGUGCCAAUGACUUCUAGUUCAAGCAUCACCGACGCAAGUUACUACGUUGAUAUUCUAGCUAACAGGGGCUUGUUCACGUCGGACCAAACUCUGCUGACAAGCCCGGCUACAGCAAACCAAGUGGCUCAGAAUGCAAGGAAUCCUAUGGAGUGGAAGGCCAAAUUUGCAGCAGCGAUGGUGAAGAUGGGCCACCUUGAUGUCUUGACAGGAACAGUAGGAGAGAUUCGGGCCAACUGUAGGGUGAUCAACAGCUAG